ACGCACGACUGAUCGCGUAGGAACCAUCACCAACAACAAACAUGGCGGACGAUCAUACAGAUGCCGAUCAGACCAUGGAACAGCACACUCCUGUUGCAGAAAAUCCCCAUGCUGAAUACGGCCUCACAGAAAACAUCCAGAGAAUAGUUGAGAGUGAGAAGACCAACGCUGACAAAGUCACCAAACAGAAGGUGGAUCUACAGACCCUUCAGACCCUCCCCACGCGAGCAUAUCUGGAUCAGACAGUGGUGCCCAUCCUUCUCCAGGGCUUGUCCGUGCUGGCCAAGGAACGGCCUCCAAAUCCAAUCGAGUUUUUAGCAACGUUCCUUCUCAAGAAUAAGUCGCAAUUUGAGGAUCGGAAUUGAGCCAAGGGACAAGCAAAGUAGUGGAAGAGAUUUAGUUUGAUUAAAACUACAAUGUGUCACAUUGUACAAUGUGUUGUUUGUUUGCUAAUAAAUGUGGUUGGGGUGUUUUCCUUUAAAACUUGAAUAAAAGUGUAAAUGCA